ACCGUCGCGCUCCGGGAGAUCCGCAAGUACCAGAAGAGCACGGAGCUGCUCAUCCGCAAGCUCCCCUUCCAGCGCCUCGUCCGCGAGAUCGCGCAGGACUUCAAGACCGACCUGAGGUUCCAGAGCUCCGCCGUCUCCGCCCUGCAGGAGGCCGCCGAGGCGUACCUGGUCGGGCUGUUCGAGGACACCAACCUGUGCGCCAUCCACGCCAAGCGCGUCACCAUCAUGCCCAAGGACAUCCAGCUCGCCCGCCGCAUCCGCGGGGAGCGCGCCUAGGUUUUCGGUCACCGCCGGUGAUACUGCGUAGUAGCCGUUCCUGUCUGGUGUCUUCUGUCUGUUGGUGUUGAUAUGGCGUGUCGUCUUGUCCUAUGUAGCCUGAUGCUGGAAUGAAAUGGCAGUGAAAAGUUCAGUUA